AUGGAAAAUGAACAACAAACAAACCAAGCAAUCUUAGAGUUUUUGAAUUAUUUCGAUAACGAGUGGCUUAAAUCAAAUGAUGGUUGGUACGAAGGUUUACAACUUUAUACACCAAAACCAACAAUAUCUUUAAAAUUAUGGACUUCAUCAUAUCAAUGGGCUAAAUUAAUAAAAGACAUAGUAUGUAUUCCAAAUGUUUCCUCAAAAAAAUAUUAUAUACCAGCUCGUGAUUUACAAUCCAUUACACAAGCCACCUUAGAUAAAUAUGAAAAUAAAAAAUGGACAACUUUUAAUCAAUUCAAAAAGUCAUUUGAUAUUUGGUGUAUGGAAAUGGAAAAUGGUUCAGAUUGGAAAAUAUCAAAAUGCAACUGCCCAGAUUUUUUAAAGAACUAUAUAUGCAAACACGCUGUCGGUAUGGCAAUUCGUUUGAAAUAUUGUAAACCGCCAGCAGCAGCAAAGACAGUACCAAUUGGUGAGAAAAGAAAAAGAGGUAGACCAGCAAAGGCUAAACCUGCUUUGCUGGUACAAUAA